GAAUUGGGUUUGGCUGGACUCGAUUUAAAGAGACAGAAGCUGUCGGGGUCCAAGAAGACGGUCCCCAAGACCCUCCCCCCAAGUCCUUGGGACCACUUGGGUCCCCAAAGCUGGGGAGAUGGUUUGCGGUGGCUUUGCCUGCUCCAAGAAUGCGCUGUGCGCGCUGAACGUGGUCUACAUGCUGGUAGGCUUGUUGCUCAUUGGAGUGGCUGCUUGGGGUAAGGGCCUGGGUCUGGUGUCCAGCAUCCACAUCAUCGGAGGAGUCAUUGCUGUGGGAGUCUUCCUUCUUCUCAUCGCGGUGGCUGGACUGGUGGGUGCUGUCAACCACCACCAAGUACUGCUAUUCUUUUACAUGAUCAUCCUCGGUUUGGUCUUCAUCUUCCAGUUUGGGAUCUCUUGCUCAUGUCUUGCUAUUAACCGAAGCAAACAGACGGAUGUCAUCAAUGCGUCUUGGUGGGUCAUGAGCAACAAGACCCGGGAUGAACUGGAAAGAAGUUUUGAUUGUUGUGGCUUGUUCAACCUCACAACCCUGUAUCAACAGGACUAUGCUUUCUGCACUGCAAUCUGCAAGAGCCGGAGCUCCACGUGCCAGAUGUGUGGAGAAAAGUUUCUUAAGCAUUCAGACGAAGCCCUGAAAAUCCUGGGGGGUGUUGGACUCUUCUUUAGCUUUACAGAGAUCCUUGGUGUUUGGCUAGCAAUGCGAUUUCGGAAUCAGAAGGAUCCUCGAGCUAACCCCAGUGCCUUUCUAUGAGACUCUGGAUCCUUCUGACUUCUCUCCUGCUCUCUGUUCUCCCUAAGCUUUUCCGCCCUUAGGGAAAACCUAGGGCCUAUAGCCCUUUUUGAGAAAAAGGAAAGGCCCUUUGUCACAUCCCCCAAAGAUGACUGAACAGCCAGGCUGUGUGCCUUGACAUGUUUAGGGGGAGCAAGAUUAUAAGGAAUAAAGAGCAACUUCCUCUCUCUCUAAGUGGAUAUGGGAAGCUCCUAGGAGUGCAUGAAAUGGGAUGGGGAUUGGAGUCCUUCCUGGCUCUGUUUCCCCUCUUUUCCCUUCCACAUGCUGGACCACCUCAACACAUCUUGGCAUGGCUGGCUCCAAGGGUCAAUCAGGGACAGCCAGGAAAAACCAUCAAGAACUCUUUCUUACAAUAAGUAGGACCCAGUGUGGGGAAUUCAGUGAAUAUAAAAAUAAAAGCCAUUUAAACUCCACA